CUCUCUUUUUCUCCCACUUCCAUAUGAUAUACGCGUAUAAAUCAGUGUAUGUGUAUACAUGUAUAAUUGAAUGAAUUGAACUUUGGAUCGAGAAUUUGAAAAUGAUACGGGAUUAAUUAAUAUGAUCACAAAAGAACAAAAUAAUAUGAUGCAACAAGCAAGUUUCUCUCGAUAAAUAUAAAUGUAUACAUGAUGAUCGACCAUAAUAAAUAUAACCUCUAUUUGAUGCACAUUUGAAAUCAACAUUUCUUCUUUUUCUUCUUUUGCGAAUAUUUCUUCUCGUUGGGAGAGCUAUAACUUUUUCGUCUAACAGCUUACAAGAUGAUGAGCAAUCUCAUAGAUGCCCAUUGGUUUCCUCUGGCAUCGCAGGGGAACAUUUAUUCAAUGACCAAACUGUGUUCUCCCAGUAGUUCCAACAAAUUGUUAGUUGCAUCGUUGAAGAGGAAGAUCUAUUCCUGCGAAUAUCAUCAAAUGACGGAAUUUCUGAGGCCUAUGGUAAAGGAACUACUGUUUACGUACAUUCCCAGUGGCGCAGAAAUUAUCUCUAUUGAUGCUUAUAAUAAGUCAGACACAGGAGACAGUUUCGUGAUAGGAAUAACAAUUAUGAAAACAAGUACAGACACAAUCGAGAGGUACCUGAACAUAUACACAGAGGGUGCGAUAGAUGGCGAAGGGGAUGAAGGCAGUUCGAUUGAAGCUAUAGCUCAAAACUGUCUGAUGGUAGAACUAUCGUACACUCCUUACCAUUUAUACCAUACUGUUUUACCACAACCAAAUUUUACACAUGAGCUAGUUUGGCUAAUAUCCGGAAGCGAUUACAAAAUUCAUAUGAUAAGGGAGGAUAAGUUAAGUCACGUUUACAGCGAGUCCCCCAUUGAAAAAUAUUUUCCAGAGCUACAUGAUCUGCGAGCAAUCGCGUUAUGGAUUAAUAUUUAUUAUUAUGACAAUUAUAAACGAAGAGUCACCGCCGUCGGUUGUGAAUGCGGUCUAGUCAAAGUUGCCGUGAUAAACGUGAUGGAUCUACAAGUUUCUCAAAACUGGCUAUUGAGAUAUGAUAAGCCUGUACCUAGUGUGAUAAUAUUCCCACAUCGAAAUGUCAUCCAUAAGCCAGCAUUCGUAAACGCCAAUGUUGAAGCCGAGAAAUGUAUUCCUGCAGAUGACAUCCCCAAAUUAAACAUUGUUAUUUCAAGUACAAGUAACGCUGUUGUCUUUGAGAAUAUUUUGGAACACGGCAUGAAACAGGACGUAAUAUUAAGCGGCAGCGAAUCGUCGGAUUGUAUCCUGUGUUGCUGCAUAGCGGACAUAAAUAUGGAUGGCCAAAACGAGAUAUUACUCGGCACUUACGGUCAGGAAGUUCUGAUUUUCGUAUUGACGGAUAAUGCAUGGGAAUUAACUGCCAGAAAAUUAUUCGACGCUCCUGUGCAUUCUAUAAGUUACAUGGAUAUAACGAAUGAUGGAAUAAAGGAACUGAUUGUACUCACACAACGGGGUGUACACAUAUUACAGCAUAAUAUAGCUGACGUACAAACAAAAUGGAAAGAACGUUAUGAAAAAGUAUUUGAUAUAACUCGGGAAAAAUUGUAGUACUUGUAACAGGAGAGGGUAAUUUUCCUUCAUAUAUUUUAUAUCUAUGUCAUAUAUGUAUAUUGUACAUACCAUUUUUAAUUUAGGUUAAAUAUGUGAUAAAAAAACAUAAAAAAUAUAUCUUUGUUAAAUUAUUUUGAAAGGAAAAUAUAAUACAAGAUUGUUAAAU